AUGAAGCUCCACGCAUCCGCCCUGGUUGCCUCUGUAGCCGCAAGUUUCGCCUUCUCCGACUCCAAGGGGCAGUCGGUUAUAGCUCCUAUGCGACUGAAGUAUUGGGACUCAUCUUUUCCCAUUCUCUGGCCAGACUAG